GGCUUAGAAGAGCCGGAACCCGGGAGAGAGAGAAGCGAAAUGACAUUUCCUCUUUAAAUAGCUGGAGCCCGGGCCCCGUCGAGAAAUGGCCGCGUCGGCAGAUUUAAGUAAGUCUUCCCCAACACCGAAUGGGAUUCCAUCUUCAGACACAGCCAACGAUGCCAUGGACCCCUUCCAUGCUUGCAGUAUUCUAAAGCAACUCAAAACAAUGUACGAUGAAGGACAGCUGACAGACAUUGUAGUGGAAGUGGAUCACGGGAAAACAUUUUCCUGUCAUAGAAACGUUCUUGCUGCAAUCAGUCCUUACUUCAGAUCCAUGUUCACUAGCGGCCUUACAGAAAGCACUCAAAAAGAAGUUCGAAUCGUCGGUGUUGAAGCUGAGUCGAUGGAUUUAGUGUUGAACUAUGCCUAUACCUCCAGAGUUGUUCUGACAGAGGCCAAUGUUCAAGCCUUGUUCACUGCAGCUAGCAUCUUCCAGAUUCCCUCCAUCCAAGACCAGUGUGCUAAGUACAUGAUCAGUCAUCUGGACCCACAGAAUUCUAUUGGAGUCUUCAUCUUUGCUGAUCAUUAUGGUCAUCAGGAACUCGGAGAUCGGUCUAAAGAAUACAUUCGUAAAAAGUUCCUGUGUGUCACCAAAGAACAAGAGUUUCUUCAGUUGACGAAAGACCAACUGAUAAGUAUCCUAGACAGUGACGAUUUAAACGUAGACCGGGAAGAGCAUGUUUAUGAGAGCAUUGUAAGGUGGUUUGAACAUGAACAGAAUGAAAGAGAAGUGCACCUUCCAGAAAUUUUUGCCAAAUGCAUACGUUUUCCUCUGAUGGAAGACACCUUUAUAGAGAAAAUUCCACCUCAGUUUGCACAGGCUAUAGCCAAAAGCUAUGUGGAAAAGGGACCAUCCAGUACCAAUGGCUGUACACAGAGACUUGGAAUGACUGCAUCGGAAAUGAUCAUAUGUUUUGAUGCUGCCCACAAACACUCAGGAAAGAAGCAAACAGUGCCUUGUCUAGAUAUAUUCACAGGAAGAGUGUUCAAACUAUGCAAACCACCAAAUGAUCUAAGAGAAGUUGGGAUUCUCGUAUCACCAGAUAAUGAUAUUUACAUAGCAGGAGGGUACAGGCCAAGCAGUAGUGAGGUAUCCAUCGACCACAAGGCAGAAAAUGAUUUCUGGAUGUAUGACCAUUCCACUAAUAGGUGGCUAUCCAAGCCGUCCUUGCUUCGAGCCAGAAUAGGCUGCAAACUGGUGUAUUGCUGUGGUAAGAUGUAUGCAAUCGGAGGGCGAGUUUAUGAAGGCGAUGGGAGAAACUCACUAAAAUCUGUGGAGUGCUACGACAGCAGAGAGAACUGCUGGACGACCGUUUGUGCCAUGCCUGUUGCUAUGGAGUUUCAUAAUGCUGUGGAGUACAAAGAGAAGAUCUAUGUUUUACAGGGAGAAUUUUUCCUCUUCUAUGAGCCUCAGAAAGACUACUGGGGUUUCUUAACCCCCAUGACUGUGCCUAGAAUCCAGGGCUUAGCAGCUGUAUACAAGAACUCGAUCUACUACAUAGCUGGAACCUGUGGAAAUCAUCAGCGGAUGUUUACUGUAGAAGCCUAUGAUAUUGAGCUCAAUAAAUGGACUCGUAAGAAGGACUUUCCUUGUGAUGAGUCCAUAAACCCAUACCUUAAACUGGUACUUUUCCAGAAUAAACUCCAUUUAUUUGUUCGAGCUACUCAAGUGACCGUUGAAGAACAUGUCUUCAGAACCAGCAGAAAAAAUUCCCUUUACCAAUAUGAUGACAUCACUGACCAGUGGAUGAAAGUGUAUGAGACCCCAGAUCGGCUCUGGGACCUUGGCCGGCAUUUUGAAUGUGCUGUUGCUAAACUCUAUCCUCAGUGUCUUCAGAAAGUACUUUAAUGAAUGGCAGGCCUUAGUGAGCUCACUGGCACCUUGUGCUCGAGGGAACUUAGUCUUUUAAUGAUACGAGAAGUGCUGUCAGUAUUUAAGAAAGCUGAGAGAGUUUAUACAUGGAGACGGGUGCUCUUAAAGAUGAGUGUAGGAGGAUUUCUUUUCAUCCUUGUGAUGUUUUCACUUCAGUAAGCAAAAGGUAACAAAGUGCAAUUAUCAGCAUUUUUUUUUUUCUGGUAUAAACGUAAUCACAUCAUUCUAGAAUUUUCUGAUGAAUAGUCACUGAGAUACCAGAUGAAUCGACAACUGUGCACUCUUAGAAGAGUGGUUAGGGAAUUAUGGGUUAGAGACAUCCAAAAGAGUUUGAUGUGACUUUUUAUUUUAAAUACGGGUAAAAAUCUGAGGCAAUAUCACUAGGACUUUAGCUGUGACCUCUCUACCACAGAGACGCACUAACUGAGACCCUCACUCUGAAUAUAUGUAUAUUUGUGUACUGUUUGCAAGUGUACUGGAUUUAAAUGUGUUCUGUUAUUAGAGUAGAUUGAAGGAAAAACAGAUCAGUCUCAGAAAGAGCUUUCAGUGUGAUUGUUUUAUAUUUCCCAUGUUGCUUUAAGUUAAGCUUAAAUUUUAAAGUAGCAGUUUUCUGUUGACAAUUUUUUCAAGUGCUAACACUGUCUCAUUUUUUUAAAUCCUGAAAAGGGCUCAAAAUCACAGGUGGCUGGUGCUAGUAUAAGUUAAUUCAUGUGUAUAGUUAGGUAGAUUUAAAUUGUCUGAGCCUAUGCUUACCUUUCAAACUGGUAUGUUAGUUUCAUGGCCAUAGUCCUUUACCUGUUGAACUCUUGUGAUUUCACAGGGUUCUCGACUAGCAUGAUGGCAAGGUAUGGCCAGUUAUUGGUCUAACUGGAUUCAAUCUUACAAUAGUGAAAAGAAUAUUAUACUCAUUUUGCACUAACAUGGGCCAUUUUGUCGCCUAACCCCCUUUCCUAUCCUCUACCUGUCCAUUCAGUAUCAGUACAAUGAAAGGUAACUUAUUUCUCUUCUGCACAGAGCGUAAUGUGAAGUUUUACUCCUAUUUUUAAAAUUCUGUUUUCCAGAAACAUAAAACUCCUGCAGUAGUCUCACUUAAUGGCUUUUACGUUACCUAUAACAAAUAAAACCUCAUUUUUAAAAAGUUUUGCACUUAACAGUUAUGAAUAAUUUUGCAUUGAAAACCUUGUUCUAGCUGAAGGUGACUGAGGAGGAAAAUAGUGAGUGAAUAGAACCAUAGCAUUAUAGGUACUAAAUAGUUUUUCAUAUUUAACUGAUGGAUUUCUAACAGUUAGCUAGAAAUAUUAACAGAGGACAAAUCAACUCAUGUGUUAUACAUAAGGCAGUUAUUUGGAUCAGUAACUUAUUUUUUACUCUGCCUGGAAUAAUUAAUAAAGGAUAUAAGUAUAGCCCAGAGUCUGUCCUUAACUGGAACAUUUUGAUUCUGUUAAAACAAACUGGCAUGGUUUGUAUUAAAAACUCUUGCACAAAUGGUAAUGUGAUACUGUGAAACAAAUUUAAAACAUUGCCUCUUUGCAUCACAUACCUCGUUUUUCAGAAACUUUCCAAACUGCUUGUCAUAGCCCUAUACAAGUAGGGAACGUUUCCUGAAGCCGAAUUUAAAGUGGACAGCAUUUAGAGAAUUCACAUUUAAAAAUCUAGUCUUGGGAAGCUGGAUACGUGCUGUCUUCUUGCUGGCCUUGGUAGUGUGUCUAUAAUCUCCUUGAUAUUAUCAACUUUGUCAACUAAUCACCUAUGUUUUUUCUCCCCAUUUUUUCUUUGUCUUCCUGCUGGUUUGGGGCUAUUUCUGUGAGCAUUUUGAAGCAUCUUUACUGUGCUGCAUUGCAAAGGGAGGAAAAAAAAACAAAGCAAAGUUUUAUAAGAGAUGUUCAUGUAAUUUAUUUUCGAAAGCUUUGUUGCAUAUCUAAGACUUCCUGCCGCUUUUUGACAAUCUCCUGUAUUUAUUUAGAAGAACGUGUUACUUGAAACCAUGACAUUAGAAUACUGAGUUAAUUUACAAUGUGCCGUGUGAUGCAUAGGAGUACAAUGUACUGUGGUUAACUCUGCAGGCGAUUUAUUCUAUUUAUCUGCACAACAGUUGAUCCUUUUGCUAUAUUGAGGGUGUGGUCUAAGUAUAGUGUGUCAAAGCCAAGGUUUAGAAUUUGCUACGGAAGUAGAAUAUAUAUUGAAUUUUCUAUGAAGAACUGUUUGUUUAAAUUAUAUAGCUGGGAUAUUUUGCCACUUUUCAAAUGAUUUCAGAAGAGGUCCUAGAAAACUAAGGUUAGUAAUAUGCGUGGGUCUUUGUUUAGAUAUUUAAGGUACAUUUGCAUAGUAUGAUGAGAAUAUAAGUAAAAGGCACAAUGGGUACAGAAUUAAAAUAUGGGGUGACAGAUGCCAGUCCCACUUGACCUUUGUUUUUGCAUUUGAAGAAAGUAUGUAGCACUUUCCUAUAUAUUUUUUACACACUGAAAACUGUACGUGGUAUAACUGUUUCAGGAAAGUAGAAAUUGUAUUCUUUAUUAUCCAUCUUUGUUUUCUGUUAUCCUACAAAGUUGAUGCUUAAGCAUCAAGCUGGUUUCAUUGGUGCAUGAGAAAAAGUGGACGUGACCUGCAAGGAAUCAGAUUCCCUACGUGAAGCAGUUUAAAAUGGCAUUAAAUGUUCAGUGCUCAGGUAUGUAGUAAGUACUGUAGUCCUUUGGGGGCAAACGUGUAGACAUUUUUAAACAUUUUGCCAUAAUUGCACAAUUUUUUGCAUUUUUAUCUGAUGGCAUUGUUUCUUAUAAUAAAACCUUUUCUGACUGAAAACUUCCAUUGUCGUAAAUUGACCUCUGACUAGUGAGUUUUGCAGAAUUAAAACUGGGUGAAAAUCAUGAA